AUGAGAUGUCAACGCUACUACGAAGCAUUCAGAUAUAUUUCGGAAAACGUCAAAGAAUACAAAAAUCCAGAGAGCUUAGCGCUUUGGCGCAAAGAAUGCAAAAAUGAGAUGCCGGACAUGAGGGAACUCUCAGAUUUUAAAAGAGCAGUACGAGAAGCAAAAUGUACUAUCAAACUAGACCUAGCAAAACGGAUUUCGUAUUUUCGCUCUGAAGACGGAAGUGUCAUUUUAUCAUCUGAUCAUAAAGAAGAGGAAAAUUUCUUUAAAGGAACAUUGUUAACUGCGAAAAGACAGCGUUCACUCUUAUUCGAUCCCACCAAUAAAUCUAAAGAAAUUCGUCCUAGUCAACCGACUGACCCGGAACCAACAAAAGAUACAAAUGACAAUAGUGAUAAUCCAGAUUCAAAAGAAUCAGAUGCUAAAGAUGAAUCUGUGAGGAACGUCUCUGAUAGCCAGGAUUCAGAACAUUCCAGAAUUCAAAACGGUCCAAUCAAUGGAAGGGUCAAUGACGUCGAGCGCGAUGAGCAAGAGAUAGAUGACGUGGCCGUUUUGAAGAACGAGAGAAGUUUCGAUAGAAAACCGGAAAAGCGUCCUCAGAAUUCUUGGUCCUCCGAAAGUGCAAAAAGAGUGAAAAUCGAGGAAUGGGAUGAGGAUUUUGUCGCGGCUCCAGAUGUUCCAAGAGCUCAACAUAGCGAAGAAUCAACCAUGAUGGAUGAGGAUUUGCUUGCUGAUGCCACUCCAAAAGUCCUCAAUAAUCCAGAAGAACCAAAAAUCCGUGUUCUAUUGCUCGCAAAUAACAUUGAAAUCACUGCGCUAUACUGUGAUCUAGAAGAUGUUCAGAAGAAGGCGUCACAAGCAAUUGAGAUGAUUAAAAUGGAGGAAAAGGAGAUGACUCUGAAUGUGGCGGAUUUCAAUAGUUUUAUCGAUUCAAUGCUCAAAAGUAUCAAGAGAUCCAAAAAUCGAUAUUCUCGUCAAACUGAGAAAUUUUCGCCGCUCAAGACGGUAUACAGACACAUUAAACUGUCUUUAAUUCUUCCAUUUGGACAAGAAGUUACUGGCGAAGCACUGAAAAUAGUGGAGAAGGAGAUUGUAGAGCUGGGAGAGAGCCAAGAUGAGGUUCCAUUGGAAACGAUUCGUGGCAAUUUAGACUAUCUGCUGAACUCUGGCUUUUGGAUCUAA